CGUUGAUAACAGAAUAAUUGAAGGUUAACAUGGCUCAGAGGAAAGUGGGUCACCUUGAAAUUAGUGGGGCAAAAUUUUUUGCUUCAUUAACACUACUCGUUCUCCACCUUGUCCAAGCAACCCUUUUACCUCACAUUUCGGAGCAUGCACACCGCAGUGACGGCGCGUUUAAAAUCGUGAGGGUUCGCAAAGACGGUGCAGGGGACUUCAGGACGGUGACGGAGGCCGUUAACAGCAUUCCGUCAGGGAACAAACGGCGAGUGGUGGUGUGGAUCGGCAUGGGCGAGUAUAGGGAGAAGAUAACGAUUGAAAGGUCGAAGGCGUUUGUUACGUUUUAUGGAGAAAGAAAUGGGAACGACAAUGACAUGCCCAUCAUAACGUACCACGCAACGGCAUUGCAGUAUGGAACAGUGGAUAGCGCCACCGUCGCUGUUGACUCCGAUUAUUUUGUUGCUGUCAAUGUUGCCUUUGUGAACUCGUCUCCUAUGCCAGAUGAAAACAGUGUUGGAGGACAAGCAUUAGCCAUGAGGAUAUCGGGGGACAAGGCUGCAUUCUACAACUGCAAGUUCAUUAGCUUUCAAGACACUUUGUGCGAUGACAAAGGCAGGCAUUUUUUCAAGGAUUGCCACAUUCAAGGCACCUAUGAUUUCAUCUUCGGAAAUGCAAAAUCUAUCUACUGGAGAAGUACCAUAGAAUCGGUUGCAAAAGGUUUGAGUGUUAUCACAGCACAAGGUAGAGAAAGCAGGGCAGAAGACACUGGUUUCAGUUUCGUGCACUGCAACAUAACGGGAAGUGGUAACAGGAACACAUACCUUGGGCGUUCUUGGAAAAGGAGCCCCAGGGUUGUGUUUGCCUACACUUACAUGGGCUCCCUCAUCAAUAGCCGAGGAUGGUUCCGCAGACACCCUAAAGCCAAGCACAAACUCAAGCACAACCGGACAAUCUUCUACGGAGAAUAUAAAUGCAUGGGACCAGGAGCUGCUUCCUCUGGCCGCGUAAAAUUUUACAGAAAACUAUCCUACAGACAGGCAAAGCCCUUCAUGAGCAUGGCUUUUAUUCAUGGAGGAAAGUGGGUUGUCCCACCUCCCAAGCUGUGAUACAAAUAUUAAACUGCGCAUGUGCCAAUUAAUAUAAGAGAAAAUUCACAUGUAUCUAUCAUGAUUGUA